GGGGUGGGGACCGAUCCACCGCCAUAUGCACGCAGUCUUACCAAAACCAAACCCAUCUCUGAUCUAUAUUUUAUUUUUCUCAAUCCAACCCUAACCCAAACUCAAAUACUACCCCCCUUGCAAACAACAAAGGUCGAGACUUGAAACCCAUCUUCUCCUUUCAUCUCUCCUAAUACUUAACCAACACAACCCCACUGCUUAUGCUGAAUUCUGCUCAAAAUUUGGUGGCUGACACCAAAAAUCCACCUAUGUUUCCUUUCUUGGUGAGGCCUAGCUAGCUAUUACCCCAACUUCAUCUUUACAAGUAUUUGAUUUCCGCUUCUUCUUUUUUUCCCCCUCUUUGCUUCCACUAUACCCGUUUCCUUUUUAAUAACCUCCACCAACGUUAACGUUUAGUGCUACUUUAUUUUUAUUUUUUCCCAUUAUUAGUUCUUGGGUCGCCUCCCUAUCCAAUUAGGUCUUGUAUAAGUGAAUAGAGCUGUUUUUAGGUACUUAAAGAAAGAGAUUAUUAAAGUCAAAGGAAAAAAGGGGCAAAAAUAUGGAUCCAGUAACGGCUCAUGGUCAUUCUCUUCCGCCUCCUUUCCACACCAGAGAUUUCCAGUUACACCAAAACCAGUUUCCCCACCACCAGCAACACAACUCGGAAGAUGAGCAAAGCGGCAGUAGUAGCGGUGCCGGCCUUAACAAGUCCCAGAAACGUGAACGAGAUGAAAUUAGCAAUAACAACGGCGAAGGCAGAGAACUGAUCCCUGCUGGCUCAGGUGGAGAGAUCAAUAGAAGACCCAGAGGCAGACCCGCCGGAUCCAAGAACAAGCCUAAGCCCCCAAUCAUCAUCACUCGCGAUAGCGCCAACGCUCUGCGUACUCACUUGAUGGAGGUUGCUGAUGGGUGUGAUAUUGUUGAAAGUGUAGCCACAUUUGCCAGGAGGAGGCAAAGAGGGAUUUCCAUUAUGAGUGGAACUGGAACAGUAACCAACGUAACUCUGAGGCAACCAGCUUCGCCAGGUGCAGUUGUGACCUUACACGGUAGAUUUGAGAUAUUAUCACUAGCUGGGUCAUUCCUGCCACCGCCUGCGCCACCUGCUGCUACGGGCUUGACCAUAUACUUAGCUGGAGGACAAGGGCAAGUGGUGGGUGGCAGUGUUGUUGGUACACUUACUGCUGCAGGUCCUGUUGUGAUUAUGGCUGCUUCAUUUAGUAACGCUGCUUAUGAGAGGCUUCCAUUAGAAGAGGAGGAUCCACAGCUACCUAUGCAAGGGGGUGCAAUUGGGUCGCCAGGAGCGGUUGGGCAGCAGCAACAGCAGCAGCAGGUUUUGGGAGAGGCAAACGCGCAGCUCUUUCACGGAUUGCAGCCUAAUCUUCUCAAUUCAAUUCAGUUACCAACCGAGCCAUAUUGGGCCACUGGUCGACCUCCCUACUAACGAAAAGAGUGAUUCACAAGGCUGUAAUAGCUCAGUUUCUCAUCACCUUCAGGUUAGUUAUCACCAAGAGGUGACAGACUUUGUAGCUAGCUAGAGAAUUUGGGUUUUGAGCAUUUUCAGGUGUCGUUUUUCUUUUAUUUCCUCGGUUGUUGUUUUGCAUUUAAUGAUCAUUAGCUAAUAUGCCUGAUUGUUGAUUGAAGGACUGUAAAUUAAGGCUCCCCUGUGGGUUUGAUUUCAUGUUAAUAAGUGCUGCAAAAUUGCCCCAA